GGUUGUGAUCUACAGAAAGAACAUGAGAAGUAUCUGGUGAAACAUUGCAACAAUGUCCCUGUAUUUGUAACAGAUUUCCCAGCCUCCCUUAAACCAUUUUAUGCUAGAAGAAACAGAGAGGAAAAUACAGUAGCUGCUGUAGAUUUACUGGUACCGGAAGUUGGUGAGCUGUUUGGAGGGAGUCUUAGAGAAGAAAGAUAUGACAUAAUCAAAGCAAGAUUAGAUGAUCUACAACUAACAGAAUCUUAUCAAUGGUAUCUUGAUUUAAGAAGAUAUGGCAGUGUAACACAUGGCGGAUUUUGAAUGGGCUUUGAGAGACUUCUUCAGUGUUUUCUAGGAAUAAAUUCUAUAAAAGACACUAUACCUUUUCCUCGGUGGAUCCAUCAUUGCUCAUUAUGAUCCAGUAUUAAUUCAUAUUUACUUACUAUAGUAUAGACUUUAUGUCUUGCCUGCAAUAAACAUUGAUGUAUCAGUACUGAAACAUGUAAUUAAUUUAUUAAAUGUAUAAUAUGCUAGAUCUGUAACAUAUAAGUAUGUCCCAAUCAUUUGCCUUGGCUUCUGUCAGGG